ACUUGCGUACCUAAGUAUUUUGAUCCAAUCUCAAUUUCACACCCCGCCGUCUUCGUCGACAUGAUCGAUGAAUUGAUUAAUCUUUAAACCACCAUCUCUACAUUGCUCUCAUCUAAUACGCAGGUCGAUGUUCCGUAUUCCCUCCGCACCUCUCCUUUUUACUUCCCAAUAAUUCGAAGAUGCCUGUCGACGACGUACCUACAGAUGACCAAGUCGCCGACCUAUUGGUCAAGGAAGCAAAUGAUUGCUCUCUCAAGUACUCGGCGCUCGGCCUCGAUGCCUUCAAGUCUACCAAACGUCCUGCGAAUCAACCCAAGCCUAACACUCGCUUCCUCAACAAUAUCAUCCGCGGCACCAAUCAUCACAACCGCGCGCUCCAAGCUAAAGAAAAUGCCGAAUCCCAGGCUAAAUUGCGCGACCUAGAAGUCGCCGAAGAGAAGAAGCGCCAUGAAGAGGAGCGCAAACUACGGAAGGCUAAGCCAGGACCUGGCGACACCAGGAAGCGUAUGCUAGGAGACAUCGCGGCCAUUCUUGGUGGAUCGCCUAAGAAGCGCAGGACUGAGAAAGCUGGGAGGUCUGCUACAUCGGCUAGCAAUGCAUCAGGCUCUGUUGAGUCCGGCGACGGAACUAGAAGUUCUCAUCGGCGACAUAAAAACCUCGUAAUGAAGGAUGGGGUAGACGUCAAAAAGGAGAAGGGCCGAAGGGAUCGUUUAGCGGAACGGCCCAGAGCUUCACGCCGUGGUCACCAUCAGGACGAGAGUCAAGAAGACGGACCAUCUUCACCCACUAUCCCGAAGCGCAAGCACCAAGGAUUCUCUUCCCGGCGCCAGAGUCAUCGCAAUUCUAUUGUCGCAAAACGCUCUGAGCAUCAAUCUUCCUCGUCUGGAGAUUCAUCCGACUCCGACUCAUCAGAGGAGACCAUCGGUCCCGUACCGGCUAAAGCACCUACUGUUCGACGCAGGGGACGUGGUGCCAAUGCCGCUACGUCCGGGAUAGAUGAUCGCUUCGCGCCUGACUACGAUCCAAGAGAAGAUGUCACGCCUGAGUCGGAAGAUCAACGCAAGGAGGAUGACGAAUGGGAUCAUGCAGUGGAAGCAUUUCGUGACCGGCAGAAGUGGAACCAGCAAGGGGCGGAGAGACUACGCUCUGCGGGCUUUACCGAAGAGCAGGUUGAUAAAUGGAAGAAAGGUGACCAGAAGAACGAAGCAGACGUGCAAUGGACUACUGCCGGCGGUUUACGGGAAUGGGACCGCGGAAAGGUGGUUAAUAAGGACGGGACCGUGAGCCUUAAAAAGGAUUCUGGAUGGUAGCGAGAUGAGUCGUCUCGCAAAAGGUCAUCAUAAGAAGUACGAGAUCAAGUCCUUAAUUACAUCGAUGUUUUCGCAUUGGGAGGAACACUACAGGUUUUGUCUGGGAGUUGCACCGCAGGAUAGUUGACAGCAUGGCAUAGCAUGGCAUAGCAUGGUGUAGCAUGGCAGGACUGGCGUUUUUGUCGGAUGGAGUUGCGGACUCGCUUCCAUGCAGCUAGCCAGAUAUUCAGUUAAAAUACUGCCUAGGUAGUUAUAGUGCUUGAUAGAUAAGCGUUAUUCAUAUUUGCCGUCUUUUGGACGAGGCCUUUUUCGACCCUCUGGAGUUGGAGCGACCCAAAUGGGUAUCAGAUAAUACUACCAGACAACAGCAGACGGUUUACUUGCUGGGUAUAAUUUACGCACCUGUUGACUGGCUUAGCUUGACUCUGCUACUCGGUACGCACGAUUGCCAAAACCGGCAACGUUUUCCGGACUUGGGCGAAUCAGGUAGCGCGGCGCACAUGUUUUCAAGAACUUGAUAAGUUUCGAGUUUCAACCUAUCGUGAAACAAUAUUCGAUUAUUGACGCGGAAGCAUUCUGAUUAUUAUUCUGUAAUGGAUUGCUCAUUAGCUCUCCUUUUCCCCUUGGAUGAAACAGUAUCAAGUUCCAGAUAAAACAAAUUUCGAGCCGCGGCGGUUA